AAAAGGCACCAGCUACACCAGGAGGUCAGUCAUUGGCAAAGAUGGGUGGUGUAACAUGUCUUCUCCUUUUGCUGUGGGCCGGUGUUACAGUGAGCACAGUGGUGGAUCUGCAGAAGAGAAUCAUUGGUGGUCAAACAUGUGGACCUACUGACCGUCUGUACCAUGUGAUGCUGAUAGCAAAUGACGGUAACCAUAACUUCUUGUGUGGUGGAUCUCUGAUCAGCGACCGGUGGAUUCUGACUGCAGCUCACUGCUGGAAGACGGGAGGGACUAUGACAGCACAUUUAAGUGUGCAUCCAGGUAACAACAGACAACCCGGAGUGGCAAUCACAAGACAUGAGACUUUUCCAGAUGAAAUCAGAGACCAUGACAUCAUGCUGCUGGAGCUCCCCAACCCAACUAAGGUUACACCUGUACCACUUCCUGACUGUCAAAAUGAGCGCACUGUGCCUCUCGGCGCUACAGUUCAGAUUGCAGGUUAUGGACCCAAAGCUCAAGGAGAAGGACCAUCAGAUACUCUCCAAUGUGCUACCAACGAGGUUGUCAGCUGUGCAGAUCAAAACGACCAAUUUAGGUUCUGUGGCCAAAGCAGUGGUGUGUCUACAUGUUCAGGGGACUCUGGUGGAGGAGUGGUGUACAACGGCAGGAUUUCUGGUAUCAUCAGGGGCUUGGAUCGCACCAAUAUCUGUAUGGAAAAAUCUGCAUUUGUGAACGUCUGUUCAUACAGGAAGUGGAUCAAUAGAAUCACGGGCCUAGACUGUUAGUGAAACAACACUAGGAUGUUCAGGGUGUUGUCAACUGUCAAGCAUUCUGUCAUUUAAAAUGCAUUUCACAUGUUUUAAUGAAAUUGUUGAAUUCAGUGAGACAUUUACAAUUGAUUGGUUACAUUAAAUGUGCAUCUAUCAUUUAUAAAGCCCUUGAAGACAAACAUUUGUGAUUCUAUUACUGUAGUAUCCCAGGGUACUCUGAUUUAAAAAUGUUAAUUUACACAAUGUU